AUGGGUCGUCAACGGCUGCCUAAACGAUCAAAUGUUCCGCUGUCGCGUUUGAAAUGUUUUCAUUAUGUGAUCAUUUCUUUUGUUAUUUGUUUCGCCGGAUUUUCGGCUUUUUCAGUAUCAUUUUAUGCAAGUUCAACUUAUCUUCGUGAAGCUUUAUCUUAUUUUUUUUCCGGCGGUCCAUCAGAGAUUGAACAUCCAACAUCAUUAAGAGACUUGUUCGAAUUUUAUAAAUCAAAAGACUUUCCUGGUAAAAUAAAUUCGAUUAAUGUUGACUACUAUCUUAAAUAUAAUGAUUUUGAUUAUCGUAUACCUCAAAGUUUAACUUAUAAAAAUGCAAUAUAUAACGAUAAUAUUGAAAUCUUAUUUCGGUUACCACAAAAAACUGCAAUAUCAGCAAUACUAAUCAUAUUUCAUAGCUGUAGACAUACAGCUCAUGAUUGGUUUCAUACUUCUGAGAGGCAGCGUAUUAUUGGUGCUGCUAUUGAUCUUGGCUAUGCUUGCUUAGUAUUUCAAGCAACAAAUAAUAGUACUCGAUGCUGGUCAAAUAAAGCUGAUAUUCAUAAGAAUAAAGAUGCGAAAAUGGUAUUCAAAGGACUUGACGGCUUUUAUAAAGAAAAUCCUACUCUAGCUCUUUUGCCAAUUUUUACAUUUGGUUCAUCUAGUGGUGGCGUAUUUUCAAGUAUAUUUGUUACUAAUCAGCGUUAUCGGAUUCAUGGGCAGGUUUUAUUCAUUUCAAUUAUACAUCCAGAAAUUUUAUAUACUCGUGUUAAAGCAAACAAAUACCCAUCAACUGUUUGGAUACGUAUGUUACGUGAUAUUGAAUUUGCUUCUGAGGAUCGCAUAAACACUACGCAACAAAUUUUUAUCGAAGAGAAGAUUUCUGUCAAUACGUUGGGUAUUGAACCUGUGCGAAUAACCAGUGCAACAUUCCGUGAACGCAUUCCAUCAUUAAACUCUUCCACGUCACAUUAUUUAUUCAAGCGAUUACAUCGAAACCGCUGGCUGAACGGUCGUAGUUAUCUAAUGUACAAUCCACGCCGUCGAAUUGAGUGGCAAGCAUUUCUAUUUCCUUCAGCCAUUGAUGACAGUACGACUGAAGAAAUAUUUAAUGAUUUAAAGAAGCACAAAGAUCAAAUUAUUGAACUUUUAAAUACAAUUUACGCUGAACAUGAAAUAAGUUAUGAACGUUCAUAUGAAGCAUUGAAAUGGCUAAAAGAUGUGUAUGAUCAAUCUAAAUCUCGAACGGAUGCAACCAAUUGA